AUGAACGCAGGAGUUAGAGAGCUUGUUUGUUCGUGCUCUGUAUUCAAGACCUCAUUACGUUUAUUUAUUCCCCUAACAGUAGUGUGUUUUUCUUGCAAUGAGAAGGCAUUACAACCUUCGCAUGGGUGGCCUAGAAAGAGCUUACAAGUACAAAAAGAUAUACUCAGAGUUGAGGAUGUUGAAGUGACUGAAGAGAAUGCUGAUUUAUAUAACUAA